GAGGCAGCGAACCGCGCAGAUCGUACUCUUGUUUGACUUUGGCAGUCAGGCCCAUUCACGUUCCGGCUUCCGCGCGACUCGGCCAACUCGCGUCUUGAACUCUUACACCCCGUUGAUGUGCGGUGAGAACGGAUUCCCGUAAAGUGUGACCCGUACGCCGUCGUAGUGGAUGUUGUGGGAUGGUACUUGAGUACAACAGCGGUGUCUAGUACUUGUACGGAUUAGAUCCAGGCCAUAGCCGUUGAUAUCGGAGUGAAGUGGUGGCCCAGAAUUUGAAUAAACUUGAAAACGCAACAAAGACAAAGUUCAGUGCGUUGGUGUUUGUGUGCGACCAUAGCUUUCGGGGAGUCAACCCCCAAACCGGGAAGAGAAGAGACCUCAGUGUUCCAAGUGUUGUCGUGCCAAACAGAUGCGCAAUGAUGUACCUGUCCAGAAGUAGGUGUUCAGCUACGGCCAUGCUGCUGUCAUUCUCCGCGUUCCUGUUGCUAGUCGUGACCGUCCGGGGUCAUGCCAUCCCGGGUUCCGCCCUAACCCUCGUAGAACCCCCACAGCAUGGCAACCUGCCGUACAGUGACAGUUCCAGUGCCAGUGAACCUUAUCAACCGCAGCGCGACUCGCGACAAAUGGAUCUUGCGGAACCGCCGUACUCCGUGAGUGAAAUUAUCCGCAGCAAAAGGUGGAAACUGUCGCAAAUUGUGCCGCCCGCCGCGAGUCAGGGCCGUAGUCGGAUCAACAACAGGUCGAUGACUCCGCUGGUGGACGAGCAGGGCCGGGAGCUACGCGAUGAGGAACUGGAGGUCAACCGGCAGCUGGAGGAGCAGGAUCAGUACGAUCGGUACGAUGUCGUUGGGGAUGAUUACAGCGACGAUGGGGAAGAGCAGACGGCCUUGCAGGUGCGACGGUCGGGAACGGUGGUGAGCGCGGCGGAAGAGGACGACGAUAGCAUCUCGGGGGCGCUGGCGCGGGCGGCCCGGGGAACGGAUAUCGAGGAGUACUUUUGGAAAUAUGUUAUCGAUAGUGACAUUUCAGCCUCCCUCGAGGAUGACGACAACGACGACGACACAAACCCGGAGGCCCGUUUCAAGAAGAAGAAGAAGUUCCACCUGAAGCACAAGUACAAGAAGUUCCUGCUGCCGCUGCUGCUCGCGUACAAGCUCAAGUUCAUGAUGAUGUUCCCGGCCCUGGUCGGUGGGCUCGCGCUGCUGGUCAAGGCCGCCGGUUUGGCCGGGUUCUUCUUCGCGCUGUUUGCGUCCGUCGUGAGUCUGCAAAAGUCUCACUAAGAGCCACCCCCACCCCCACCCCCAGAACGCCACCUUCGAACAACCACAGCCAACAACCCUGGCCAUGGAGUAUGACCCCAAAAAUGAGGCGCUUCCCACGUCGAGGGAAAUUGAGAUGAGUGAGGAUCGAGUGAGAGAGUGUUUGCGAGACAGCAAUGAGAAAAGAGCUUCGGUGUACGAGUUAUCAAACAUCAUUUUGCGGUGUUUCACAAAUAUGGACGAAAGAAAAAAGUCUGAUCGUGGCACGCGUAACGAGGAGCGCGCGAUGGGAGCGAGCUUUGAAAGAGGAGAAGAGAAGCGAGAAGAGGAGCGUCGAAGCUCACGCGACGGAGGAGAAAUGUGAGCCAGCGAGCGUGAAAUUGAGACGACCUUGAUUGUGCGAGCAGUCAGUCAGCGGCAAGAAGAAGAAGAAGAAGCAAAAUCGCACCGUAAUGAAUGAUGGCAAAAUACUCAACCGAAUUUAGUGCUACAGUUUGGACUUUAUUUAUUUAUUUUCUUUCAUUUCUUUUGUUGUUUUCUGUGAAGCCUCUUUUUUGUUGUUUUAUCCUUUUGUUUUGCUCGAGAGUUGAUUUAUUGAAUGUUUGUGUUGGAUAGAUCACAUCGGAGAGGAAACACUUACACGAACGAUGGUCACGACGUAAUUGUUGAUAUAGUUUGUAUAAACCAUAAGUAAUUUAUUGAUGAUGUUAUUUAAAAAACGGAAAUGAAAAGCUGAUGACCAUAUAAAUGUAGAUAAAAGUUGUUUUAAAAACCA